CUAGCAGCGCCGGGGGCGUGUCUCGAGACCUCUCCUCGUGUAGUUACCUGUAAACGCGGGAGGUUUGGCUCGGAAGCUGUUGCACACGUUGCGGAGGCGGUUUUAUCUUCUCUGGCGAGAGCCGUAAACUUGUCCUAUCCGCCGGCCCAGAAACGUGAGGCAGUUUCGGCCUCUGGUGCUGUGUGAUGGAGGUGGUGGAGGCUGCCGCCGCUCAGCUGCAAACCCUGAAAUUCAGUGGCACCGGCUCUGGGCUUGGCGAAGGUCCGACGGUCCCUGCUCCAGACUCGGCACCUACGCCAGGGCCAGAGAGUGAGCAGGCCGUGAGGGCUCAGCCUGCCGAGGAACAGCAGCCGCAGCCGGCCCCGAGCUCCGAGUCUUCCUCAUCAUCUUCCUCCUCCUCUUCUUCUUCCUCUUGUGUAUCACUUCCUCCUGUGCUAUCAGAUGGAGAAGACGAUUUACAAGUUGAGAAGGAAAGCAAGAAUUUUCCUCUUAAAACAAAAGAUGAGUUACUUCUUAAUGAACUACCUUCUGUUGAAGAACUCACUGUUACUUUGCCUGAAGAUAUUGAAUUAAAACCUCUUGGAGUGGUUUCAAGUAUUAUUGAACAAUUAGUAAUAAUUGAAUCAACGACUAACCUGCCUCCAGUUAAUGAGGAGACUGUAAUUUUCAGAAGAGAUCGACAAGCAGCAGGAAAGAUAUUUGAGAUAUUUGGUCCUGUUGCACAUCCAUUUUAUGUGUUGCGGUUUAAUUCUUCAGACCACAUUGAAAGUAAAGGUAUUAAAAUAAAGGAGACUAUGUAUUUUGCUCCAUCAAUGAAAGAUUUUACCCAGUAUGUUUUCACAGAAAAACUUAAACAGGAUAGGGGAUCAGAUGCAUCAUGGAAGAAUGAUCAGGAACCACCACUGGAUGCAUUGGAUUUCAGUGAUGACGAAAAAGAAAAAGAAGCCAAACAAAGGAAAAAAUCUCAGGUUCAAGGUCGGAAAAAACUAAAAUCAGAAUUGAAUGAGCCAGGUGAAGAUUUUGCCGAAGUACAUCAGAAUUGGAAUGCUUAUAGCUCUUCUUCGGAGUAUUCAAAAGGAUACCACAGCAGAGAAUUCACACGAGGAUUUUCCAGGGGCAGAUACCCUCGACCUGGCCGCAGCAGGCCUCCACCCCAGCAGUUUUAUAACUCAGAACAUAUGGUAUCUCAGGAGGCUUCAGGAUUUCCACCGCAGAGACAAGAGAGUCCUCUGAUGCCGCACUACCCCUUUCCUCCUCCAGUGUUCGACAUGCAUAACUUUGCACUGCCACCUCCACCGCCUCCACCACCGCCCCCAUCUGUCAGCAUGGGUUGGACUGCACCCAGCAUGGCACCUCAUCCAAUGCUUAACCUUCCGUACUCACUGCCCCCUCCUCCUCCUCCUCCCCCACUGCCUCCCCCGCCCUCUCCUGGAGAUAGUAACGCUUCUCAUUUUGGACCUUACUAUUAGGGGCGUGCAUUGUUCCCAGAGAAAUGUGGACUUUUCAUAGUAUGUAUGGUAAGGCUUUUGUUUUUUUAAAGAAAAAGUCAUUACGGAGCUAGAUUUUUACAAAUACUGUAAAGUACUAAGUGAUUCAGUAGUAAGUUGAUAUAUAUUUGUAAGUUUUGUGAAAUUGUACUCAUAUGAAAAUUUUAGCUCAAAUUCUUGGGACUAAAUCCAACUAUGUAAUACAGUAUUUAAUUAAAACUUUGAAUCAUGCUUUCCUGUACUCCCACCCAUAAAACAGUAUACACAGUAAUGGAUGUGAAGCAGAUUCCAUCAUCAUAAAAUAUAUUGAACACUGAUUGCCUUUUCUGGUAAAAUCUCCAAAUGAGAUGUUGAAGUCCUAUUGAGAUUCUUUAAAAUAAACUAUUUUUAUAAUAUACUUUCAGAAUUUAUUUUCAUUAUAAAUGUGGUUUAGCAGUAAUUAACCCUAAAUGUUUUUUUUAAGUAAAAAGCAAAGAGGAGGGGCCAGGGAUUUAGCUCAGCGGUUUUGUG